AUGAAUACGAAAAGUAAGUAUAUUGACUUUUAUAAUUCGUGUUCAUCAGAUUUCMGCAGCUGCGCACAACGAUUUGCYGCUGGCUACACCAACAGCGGUAUCUACGAAAUCAUUACUCCAAACAAAAGCAAGAUCGACGUUUACUGUGACCAUGACAACGGAGAAGAUGAUUCAGGCUGGACGAUGGUCUUCAAGGCCGUAAGUGGUGUACCACUACAACAACAAGGUCCUUCAGUACUAUGGCUGUCAAACUCUCUUCUAGAAUCCUCGUCAGCAUCUUUACCCAUAAACAGCUCGUCCAGACAGCACUACAAAAACAGAAUCGUAGAACACUGGCAGGCAUUCAAUCCAACACAGGUUCGAUUGUCGUUGUACGAGAACAAGACAGAGGUUGUUCGUUUGGUAUUCAACGCCAAAGGAUCUACCAAGACCAACUGGUUUUCUCGUGAUCAUCUUCUAACAAGUCCUUGGACAGACAUACAUUCCCAGCCUGUCAACUACUUCUCCAUAACUGGUGAAAUAGGAGUUGAUGUGAGGCGAUCGUUUUACAUUAACAGUUUAUAUGACGGAUGUCCAGAUGACUUAGGAUGGAUGGCACUUAUAGAAUUGACUCCAGGAUGCUGCGCCUGGGAAAACCAUGAGAAGCCUACAUUCUCGAUACUGUACUCUCCAACCGGUAUCCGCGUUCAUUGGAACACCAAAGAUGCAGUGUCCAUCGCCGACAUGAUGGCCAUAUACGUACGAUGACCACGUGACAUGAUGCCACAUACAUACGAUGACCACGUGAUAUGUUAGUGAGAUACAUAGAUGACCACGUGAUAUGAUAGUGAGAUACAUAGACGACCACGUAAUAUUGACUAGAUACAUAAACAAUCCCGUGAUAUACUAUAGUGAGAUACUUUGAUGAUCACGUGAUAUACUAUAGUGAUAUACAUUGAUGACCUAGUGGUAUUUACUAGAUACAUGGAUGACCACGUGAUAUUGACUAGAUACAUGGAUGAUCACGUGAUAUAAUAGUAAGAUACAUCGAUGACCAAGUGUUAUGAUAGUAAGAUAUAUAGAUGACACCGUGAUAUCAUACUAGAAGAUCACGUGAUACAAAAAGUAGAAAACACACACUCGCACAAAUGUUUAGACCUGUCAAUAAAACUAAUGAACCAUAAACAUGACGACGUACGACUAUAUAGGAUUCUGGGAAAUUGGGUUCGCUCUUCAUUUCUUCUUCAUUUGGUUUUUUAAUUAUGUACAGCUAGAAUGCUGUGUGCCUCGUUUGAUUUUGAAAAAAUAUAACAUUCCUUAAGGCCCUAGCUAAACGAGGAAACACGUUACCAGAAACAUGUUUCCCGCGCGCAUGUUCCCGAUGAUUCCAAGUUUAGCUACAUGCGAAGCAUUGCUACGUGCAACAAAUUUUGCUUCCAAGACGCAAAAAUGUUUCUGCUGUGCGACAGAAACAUCUCAUGCUUCCAAGACGCAUGGAAACAAUGUUUCCCAAUGUUUCCUCG